AGAGCGAGAGGGAGGUUUAGAGUCUGAUGUUUCUCUUGGGUGGUACCCUUAAUUUUGGGAAGCGCGCCCCUCCUCAGCGCGCGCCCUCAUCUAGAUCUUCCCCGGACGCGCGCCUUUGGAUGUCGGCCGCGCGCCUGGCGCAGGUGCGCUCGUUUCUCGCUUGCAAAAUGCGAGCUGCGUCCCUUUAAGCUGCGUGGGUGGGGGGGCGACGGCGGAAGCGGGGAUUUCUGGGGAGGGCGACAGCAGCGGUGCUUGUGCUUUCCCUGCAGCCGACGGGGAGACCUCUCCUGUGCAUUUGUUGAGGAAGGAUCCUUGGAUUAACAACAACAACACACCCCACCCUUUAUCUCCACGGCAGCGACACCCAUCUUUGCAAGCCCAAGGCUCUUUCGCUCUCCUCUGGCUUUGCGUCGGUUUCACCACUGCAACAUUGUUUUUAGAAAAACGGCACUGAAGUAAACAAGAAAAGGAUUUAUUUCUUUAUUUUUUGGACGCGGGCAAACCCGGGCUUGCAAGCAAAGCGGGGCCCCUUUAGAUGCUGUGAGCACGCACACGCCCCCCCUCCCACGCCUCCUGCCCCCGAGAUCGGGGAGCAUGCAUUCCGGCGAGUCCCUACCACGGUGUCUUUCUCCGUCUCCGCCGCUAGGGAGCGGUGUCGGGCAUAACAUCCCUACUGCGUAUGGCUUGCUACGGUAACAUUCAGCAGACAUUGACAUUUCCCUUCCUGUUUGGAAGCAGCCCUUGCAUUGUGAAACCAAGGAUCUGAGGGACUGGCACCUUGAACUUGGCCUUGAUUUUUCCCCACCCACCCCCUUUUCUCUCCCCCCCUUUUUUCCUGUUCUUCCCUCCUUGGCCGGUCACUCUCUUUCCCUCCCCAACCUUUCCCUGCCCCCCCUCCCCAUCCACCGCCCCCCUCCUUGCAUCGUCCAUGGCGGAGACAAAAAUAAUCUAUCACAUUGAUGAAGAGGAGACCCCUUAUCUGGUGAAACUGCCCGUCUCUCCCGAAAAAGUCACUUUGGCUGAUUUUAAAAAUGUCCUCAGCAACCGGCCGGUGCAUAACUACAAAUUUUUCUUCAAAUCUAUGGAUCAGGAUUUUGGGGUGGUGAAAGAGGAGAUCUCAGAUGACAAUGCAAAGCUGCCGUGCUUCAAUGGACGUGUCGUGUCUUGGCUGGUCCUGGCUGAGAGCUCCCACUCGGACGCCGGCUCCCAGUGCACAGAAAGCCACACGGACCUUCCUCCGCCCAUCGAGAGAACAGGAGGCAUCGGGGAUUCUCGGCCCCCUUCCUUUCAUCCAAAUGCCGCAAGCAGUCGAGAUGGACUGGACAACGAAACGGGAACAGAGUCUGUCAUCAGCCACAGGCGAGACCGACACCGGCGGAGGAACCGAGAGGGCCACGAGGAUGUCUCCCGUAUCAAUGGGCACCCGAAGCUGGAGAGGCACCGGGAACACCCGCCCGGCUAUGACAGCUCCUCCACCAUGAUGAGCAGCGAACUGGAAUCCAGCAGCUUCGUCGACUCGGACGAUGACGAACACACAAGCAGGUUGAGCAGUUCCACGGAACAAAGCACUUCAUCCCGCCUCAUCCGGAAACACAAACGCCGUCGCCGGAAACAGAAGAUGCGGCAGAUUGACAGGUCAUCUUCCUUCAGCAGCAUCACAGACUCCACCAUGUCCCUGAACAUCAUCACCGUCACUCUCAACAUGGAAAAAUACAACUUCCUGGGUAUCAGCAUCGUAGGCCAGAGUAACGACCGAGGAGACGGCGGGAUCUACAUUGGCUCCAUCAUGAAAGGGGGGGCCGUGGCGGCCGAUGGGCGGAUCGAACCGGGGGACAUGCUCUUGCAGGUGAACGAGGUCAACUUUGAGAACAUGAGCAACGACGACGCGGUGCGGGUCUUACGGGAGAUCGUCUCCAAGCCGGGCCCAAUCAGCCUAACGGUGGCGAAAUGCUGGGACCCCACACCCCGGAGCUAUUUCACAAUCCCGAGAGCUGAGCCUGUGCGGCCGAUCGACCCAGCAGCCUGGAUCUCUCAUACCACGGCCCUGACGGGAGCGUACCCCCGUUACGGUAUGAGUCCUUCCAUGAGCACCAUCACCUCUACCAGCUCCUCACUAACAAGCUCAAUUCCCGAUUCGGAAAAACUGGACGAAUCCCCUUUAACUGUUAAAAGCGACAUGGCCACCAUUGUCAAGGUUAUGCAGUUGCUGGAUUCGGGCCUUGAAAUUCGGGACAGGAUGUGGUUAAAAAUCACCAUCUCCAACGCAGUAAUAGGAGCGGACGUGGUCGACUGGCUUUACACGCACGUGGAGGGCUUUAAAGACCGAAGGGAGGCCCGGAAGUACGCCAGCAGCAUGUUAAAACACGGCUACCUCAGGCACACUGUGAACAAGAUCACAUUCUCUGAGCAGUGCUACUAUGUUUUCGGUGACCUCUGCGGCAAUCUGGCUGCACUGAACCUUAACAACGGUUCCAGCGGAGCUUCCAACCAAGACACCUUGGGCCCCCUCCCGCACUCUGCCACGCCUUGGCCCUUGGGGCAAGGCUAUCCUUACCAAUACCCCCUUGCCCCUCCAUGUUUCCCGCCGGCCUAUCAGGACCCAGGCUUCAGCUAUGGGAGCGGCAGCGCAGGGAGCCAGCAAAGCGAAGGAAGUAAAAGCAGCGGCUCAAACCGGAGUAACAGCGAGAAAAGCCGGAGGGCCCUGAACCGGGAGAAGGAUCGCAAGUCUGCCGGCAGCGGCAGCGAAUCGGAUCACACCACCCGGAGCGGAGGAGGGGGCAGCAUCCUUCGGCGCGAGCGCCCGGCCAGCCAGCUCAGCCACCGGAGCAACGUUUCUACCGCUCCCAGCGAGAGGAACCCGCACAGCCACCAUUCCUAUGGUCCUCCAGGUGUGCCCCCACUCUACAACCUCCCCAAGCUGGGCUCCAAAGUCUAUGGGACGAGCGGGCCCCCAGGGGGGCCCCCCGUGCGAGAACUCGGCUCCGUCCCCCCCGAGCUGACCGGCAGCCGCCAGUCGUUCCAGAAGGCCAUGGGCAACCCUUGCGAAUUCUUCGUUGACAUUAUGUGAACAAGAAGUGCCUUCAAAGACUCUUGUGUGGAAAGUUUAUUUUGUCGGGAUUCCUUUUUGUUUUUUUCUCCAGUUUGUGAAUCAGUGUUGGAAAAGAAAUAAUGGUGGCAGGAGAGAGAGAAAAAUAACCCUUCAGACUGUCCUUUGCAUGUCACGCCUCCCUGACUCUUGAUUGUGCUUUGCAAGCAAAUGAGGAAGAGAAAUUCUGGGGUCUUAGAUUAUCCGCAAAUUGAUGGAAUCUUUUUUUUUUCUCCUUUCGUCCUUCCCACCCCUUAACCAAUGUGAUUGACUGGUGUUCUCUUUACAUACCCUAAUGAGCUUCGUUAUCUAUGGCAUCCUCUCCCCAGUGCAAUUAUACUGUGUCCUCCUUGGCUUAAUCAAGGAAUAGCAUUUUAUAUAGUACUUUAAAAAAGUAACUACACACAAUUCUUCACUCAUGCAUAUUUGCACCUUUUUUUAAAAAAAAUGUUCUGGUUGGCUUCUUUCUUUCCUUCCAGCCGGGGGGGGGGAGAAUAGUCUGACUUUAUUAUUGUUAUUGUUAUUAUUUGCUAUGUUAAGGACAGUGCCAGCUAGCAGCUGUAAAAUCUUAAGGUGUGUCCAAGCAGAGGUGCAUUAUGGGAGCCCCAUCCCCAGCAGCUGAUGAAGAUCUGGCUCUGUUCUGAGUUUGUUUCCUUUUUCCAUUUUGCCCUUUAGGUCUUGUUUACACGCUGUAUGCCUGGGUCAGUAUACCAUGUGAUUACCUUGAUAAGAGAAAGCUACUUCCUAGAGAGUUAGGCACUUUGUCCUGGAAAAUGAGGUCGUAUGUUCAUGACCUCUUGCACUUCCUCCUCCUCCGUGCACGUCUCCAAGUGUGAAUUGUGCACGGGACUUCUACAAAUCAUGAAUGCUUAUGCCCUGCCUCACACGAUUCGCUUCAUGUUGAAAGAAGCCUCCCAAUGACUGUAGUGUGCGCUGGUCCCCACAGCCACUACAGGCAGCCAUGUUUCUCAUCCGCUCUGGGCAAGAAGUACUGCUGCCGCCUGCGUUGUUCACUCAUGCUAAAGGUAGCACUGUGCCUUCUUGUGUUUUGUUUCUCUUUGCCGAAAGGGAACAGGGGACUCCCUCUCCCACUCCCGCUCCUUUCCUCGUUCUCUCUGGCAUCGGCUGCUAGCCUUUUCCUUCUGAACUGAAGGCAAGAGCAGCCGAUGACUGAGAGAAUGAAUUCCAUGCCCAACUUGCUUUCUGUAUCGGAAAGCCGGGAGCAAUUCUGAGUCGUGCGUAAUUGGAACUGCCCUUUUGUUAGACCAGUGGCUUCACCUCAUGAAUAAACAUCCUAGCAAACCAUAAAACGUGAUUCCAGUUACAUACACAGCUGAACAAGGAGGGCACUGUUAAAUAUAAACGUGCCAGUGAGAUAGGUAGGUGGAUUUAUUUACUGGUCACAGACCAAUAAAAGUUGAUACACAUGGAAUAAUUAACAUAAUAAGAAAACGUGAGAGUCAUGGGAGCCAACUGAAAAGUUACUUUCCCAUCUGCCUCCUAAUUUGUACUGAGGAUGGGGAGCGGUGGAGAAAAUAGCAACCUGUUCAUCCACCUGAGAAGAGUCAAAAUGCACCAGAGGCAAUGAAAAUACCUGUGAUGUGUUAAGAAAAGAAUGUCCCCCACCUUGGAGGUUUCUCAGGAAUGGCAGAGUUAUGAGAUACCACAGACAGAGAGAGGGAGGCCAUCGAAGUGCAACCAGCCAAAAACGAAAGUGGUAAUUGUUUAUUGCGGCCCAACGCGUUUCGGGCAUCAAAAAACCCUUUGUCAAGGGCAAUCUUGUGCAAGUGACAUGCUGCUAUUUCAUCAGUGUACAAAACUGACACUGAUGAGAUAACAGCGUGUCACUUGCACAAGAUUGCCCGUGUUUUCAAGCUGGGCUCCCCAGCCAUGAAGGCUAGAAACUUUUUAAUUAAAACUCUGAGCAAGAAUGCAGAAUUCUGUGAUCAAUACAACAUACCCACCCUUGCAGGGUGCCCCUUGUGAGUGCACUGACUAUACAUGGCUGUGCUUAUAAACUUGGCAGGAAAAGGUGCAGUUGCUACUAUAAAAUAAAAUUUGCAGCUAGAUAAAAUUGCUGGCGCAGAAGUGUCCAAACUGUGGGCUGGAGCAUGAUAGUUUGGAUGGCUACUUGUGUGGCGAGAAAUAAAUAAAUUAAAAUGAUUAAAAUGUGUGAAUGGCUUGUGGUGUCAACAGUAUAUAUGAGCAAACAUAGAUCAAUAGAGGCACCCUGUAAGAGCCCAAAGGACUUGCCUGGAGAAGAGGGUGCUCAUUGACUCUCUGUGCAAGUUGCUGCUUCUGACUUGCCUCUUUUCCAUCAGCUUCCACUGGGCUUGGGUUAUUGAUCCACACACCUAACAGAUAGAGGCAAUUACCCAAGCCCAGUGCAGGCUAAUAGCAAAGAGGUACGCCGAGACUACUGAUUCAUCCAGAGAGACAACAGGCAGCCUCCAUUUGGAGCAUGUCAUUUUGCAUGUCUGCAUCACUGUUCAGUUCAAUCGCUCCCAAAACGGAGAGGCAGCAGAACUGGCCCACUGUCAGGGGAGGCUGCCUGUUAGUACCUGCAUGAGUUGCUGCUCUGGACUUACUUCCUUUGGAAUUGGGAGGCACCCCCAUGUCAGUGCAGAGCAACAGGGUGGGCCCCACUUACAAAUAAAGGUUUUGGUGACUACCUGGGAGACCAGGGUUUGAAUCCCCACACAGCCACGAAACUCACUGGGUGACCUUGGGCCAUUCAUGACCUCUCAGCCUCAGAGGAAGGCAAUGGCAAACCCCCUCUGAAUACCGCUUACCAUGAAAACCCUAUUCGUAGGGUCGCCCAUAAGUCGGAAUCGACUUGAAGGCAGUCCAUUCCAUUCAAAGAAAAUAUUUGCUGUCCCUUCCUUCCCCUUCUUCGCCAAUAGUCAGUUUUUCAAUUUCAUCUGAAUGUCUAACUCCCCUCCCCUUCCCCUGCUCCAUUCCUUUUGCCAGCUUUAAUCAGGGUUUCCUCUUAGCCACUGGCGGCUGGUGCCUGCUGGGACUGGUGGGGCGGAAGGCAGGGAGCCCAACAGUAGGUGGAGCCAGAGCCAAUGAUUGGCUGAGCUGGAGCCAAUGGCAGGCGGAGCCAGCUCAUUCUAAUUUUAUCCCCAUCCUUCUUCCUGCUGAGUUCUACAAGGGGCAACACUGAGAAUGAGGAGGAGGAAGCUGGGCUUGUUUGCAGCCUGGAAGAAGAUGGGGGCUGGCUAAGAGCCAGUGGGGCGUAGUGGUUAGAGUGUUGGGCUAUGAAUCCCGCUUACCAUGAAAACACUAUUCGUAGGGUCACCAUAAGUUAGAACUGACUUGAAGGCAGUCCGUUUCCAUUUUCAUAUAUUUGCUGUUUAGGCAAGGCAGAAGCCCAGUGUCCCGCCCAACAGAGUGAGCAGGGGAACUUGCUCGCCGCAUUUUGAAGAUAACUGGAGUUAUAUGUGUUGCCAUCUAAAGGCAUGGAACUCUCCCCCCCACACACACACACAAUGAGGUCAUAAGGUCCAGAGUCUAACUGCACGUUUAUAAAGGAACAGAGGUUUCCAAAACUAUGUUCCAGAGAACUCUGGGAUCCUUUGGCAGUAAGGAAACAUAAGAAGCUGCCUUAUAUAGAGUCAGAUCAUUGGUCCAUCUAGUUCAGUAUUGUCUGCCCUGAUUGGCAGCGGCUUUCCAGGGUUUCAGACAGGGAUCUUUUCCCAGCCCUACCCAGAGAUGCCAUCAGGGAUUGAAGCUGGGACCUUCUGCAUGCAAGGCAGAUGCUCUGCCCCUGAGCUACGGCCCUUCCCCGAAGUAUAUCAGCAGCUUUGAUGGUACCUGGAUAGUUUGAGAAAUGCAGCCAUCUGUGAAUCGUAGAAGGAUAUGCCAUCCUUUCCAAGGUUAGUGCAACAUGCAGAAAGUGUGUUGUGGUGUUGAACGGCCACUGAAUCCAGCUGUGCAGUGCGAUCCUAUGUCUGUAUAUUUAGAAGUCAUUACUAUCAUUGUCCAGUGGGAUUUACUCCCUAAGUACGCGUGCUUAGGAUUGCGGCCUUCGGUCGAUGACAGGCGUCACCUAGGAAGCUAGGAAGUUGGUUCAUCUAGUUCUGUGCUGUCUACACUGACUGGCAGCAGCUCUCCAGGGUUUCAGACAGGAGUAACAUUUUUAAGGCAGGGCUGGAGAACCUUUGGUCCUCCAGACACGGCUGAACUCCAUCUUCCAUCAUCCAGAUCUUUGGCCAUGCUGGAUGAGGCUGAUGAGAGUUGGAGUCCAACAGCAUCUAGAGGACCGUAACGUCUCCCAACCCUAUUUUAAGGAACAGAUCUGCCUUCACCCUAAAAAGGGUACACCACCCUUCAAGACUCCACUGUUGUCUCUCAGUGACUCCAUCUUAGGGAUAGGUGAGAAGUUCGAUUCAGUUCGCGUUUCAAGCCGAAUCUGUCAAACCUGCACUUUCCAAAAUGGCACGAGAACUGAGACACAGCCAGCCUUCAAAAUUCACCCUUCCUUGGAUUCUGCGAAACAGUUCUCCAACCAAUGUUUGCACAAGUGCAUGUGUUAGGGGAAAGGGGGCAUAAAAAUGAAUCUAUGAGUGAAAAUAACAUGUAAAAAUGCAUUAUGGGAUGAGACACGGCUUGCAAAAACGUGUAUGGGUGUCAAAACUGCCUACAAAAUGUGUUUUAUCAGGAGAAAUUCGCACAGAAAUACUGGAUAAUUUUCGUGAAGAUAUUUUUUAAAAAACAAUUGCCAAUUGCUGUAGAAAUGUGGAGAACUGAAUUUAUGAUUUGUAUAAUGAGAAAACUGAGAGAAUGAAAAUACGCAGAUCUUUCCAUCCCUACGCCACAUUCUCUCUCUUCUCUUUCAAAGUGAUCCGUCCCUGAAUAUUUUCCCAGAUGUAAUUGGACAAGCCUGCCCCGCUGACUUGCCCUCGACAUUUUGAGUUUGACCCAUCUUGUCUUUGCUCCUGUCCUGUUGUCUUAAUCCACUAAGCGGACCCGUAACAUUUGCUCUGUGUUCCCAUCUACAUCCACUGCCACCCUUUACUUUAUAAAAUCACAUUUAACUGGAUUGUAAUGAGUAACUUCAAACGAACGACUCAAAUUCCGAUCAGCGAUUCGAAAGAUGUGUAAAGAAUUUAUGUACAGUAGAGUGAGCAAAAAAAUUUUGAACAAUGACUGUAGUUGGGUGUGUGUGGAAUCUCCACUUCCCUCGCCCUCAAACGUUGACUGUUCUAGAACUGGUUCAGCUCCUGAGAUCGACCCGACUUUUUUGGUGGUGUGUGAACUGCACUUUCCCCCUGUUUUAAAUCUCCGUUUCAUAAUUGCAUUCUUGCUUUUUUGUAGAUAAUGUAUUAAAAUCCAAGUGUCUGUAUAGUUAAUAUAUAGCUGCUUAUGUGUAAAUGCUAUUUUAAACACUAAAAAAAAAAAGCUUUUAAUUUUAUGUGA